GUUCGCCAGUCAGUUGACGUAGCCGCGUCGUUCACGUAGCAAUAUGCUCCCAGUUCUCGCGAUUUCGGUUUUCUGCAUCGUGACAUGGGCGUCCGCGCUGAACGAUCCGUCACCAGAUUCACCAAGGUUUGGCAAACCGUUGAACAACCUUACGGUCUCCGUGGGUCGCGAGGCCAUUUUCACCUGCAUCGUGGAAAAUCUUGGAAUAUACAAGGUGGCGUGGCUACGUGUCGAUACACAGACGAUCCUCACGAUUGCGGUCCACGUGAUCACGAAAAAUCAUCGAAUCUCUGUGAAACAUAGCGGUCAUCGUACCUGGUCUCUUCACAUCAAAGACAUCAAAGUGUCGGACAGGGGAUGGUACAUGUGUCAACUGAACACCGAUCCAAUGUCCAGCAUCACUGGAUUCCUCGAAGUAGUCGUGCCCCCGGAUAUCCUGGACUACCCUACCAGCACGGACAUGGUGGUGCGGGAGGGGAGCAACGUGACGUUGCAGUGCGCCGCGACGGGCAUCCCGACGCCAACGGUCACGUGGCGUCGUGAAGCAGAAGACAAGAACAACCUGUCAAACUGGAGAGAGGUUCCAAGUACCCAGGGCACAAAGCUGGAAAUAACGCGUGUGACGCGCGUCCACAUGGGACCGUAUUUCUGCAUAGCUUCGAACGGCGUGCUACCGUCAGUCAGCAAGCGGAUCGUCCUCACUGUUCACUUUCAACCAAUGGUAUGGAUUGAAAACCAGUUAGUUGGUGCUUACGAGGGCGAAACACUUAAAUUGGAGUGUCGCAUCGAGGCUUAUCCAAGACCGAUCACCUAUUGGACGAGGCCAUUGAACAAAACGAUCACUAAUGACAACAACUAUAAGGUCGAGACAAUUUCCAAUGGGUACGAGAUAACCAUGAGGCUCACUAUACAUUCAGUACGUUCUCAAGACUUCGGGUCGUUCAGGUGUGUGGCGACCAACUCGCUGGGUGAAACAGAUGGAAAACUCAAAGUUUACAGCAUCGAUGAAAUACCAACGACGCGUAGACCGAACACCGGGUGGGACUCGAAGAAAGCAAGGAAGAUCGAUCACAGCCACGAAAGGAAGACAGCCGGAAUGAAGGACGAGCCGAUACUGAAUGGUAUCGACUACGAUGACGAACAGAUUGAUUUCCAAUCAGCAACCGCCUCGUCGCUUUUUCAUCGACAUUUGUUCGCGAACCUCGGCAUUACCGCCGUCACGGCCAUUCUGGUUGGCGGUUUAUCGACGUAGGUGUCCUUUCGCAGUGACAAUUAUGCCAGAAACUGAUUAAUCUACGACUCGACGAGUUUUUGGGAUGAUACGAGUCGCGGGGUGCAAGCGAAAGCUAGAAACACGGUGAAAUCCUUAAUUGAAAGCUGAUCUAAGACAUCGAGCCAGUUGAGAGUUUCUUCCUUGUGUACACGAAACUUGCGGGAAAACAGUUCGAAAGCGAAGAAAUUAGUAAUUUCGUGGUAUCUUUUAUGAUCGAAAUUCUAGCAAGUAACAUCUAGGAAGUUAUUACUCCUCCUCGGAAUUAACGAAACUUUGUUGGGUUGCAAAGCAGUCAAAAAUGAGGAAUACGUAGUUUCAGAGUAAAUGUUGACUCGAGUUUCUGCUGGAUAUACCUACUUUAGUUUUAAUGAGAAAUCGUAAGUCAUUCAUUUUUAAUGUAAUGUAAUAUCUCUCUUUACAGAAUUUAUUUCAAUGACUCCAUGUCUCAUCUAAUAAUUUGAAAAUAGUAAUACAAAUCUAAUACUUUGUAAUACUACAUUGGAACAAUUAAAGAACCACGUAUUCCCCAUCUUUGGUUGUUCUGUAAAUCAACAGUGUUUUCUAGAAAUCUAAGGAGAGACACUUCAUGAAUGUUCCUUGUGUAUAACUAUAAAACGCGAAUUGGCGAAGUAGUGUGUUGCGUGCGCAUUCCUUUUCUUCAAAGGACUACUCUUUUCAGUAAGAGUAAUUCAUUUCAGCGAGAAGCAAUUUUUGUAACUGCGGUCGACGAGUGGAUUGUUUCUGCGGAAUAGAAGUGUAUGCUACAGUUUUUAUUCUUCGAGCGAAUUCCAUGCCAUUAGAUCGAUAACGUUUCUUUCGGCUGUAUUUUUAUAUCAGGUUCCUUUCUAACGAAAUUAUUACGAAGAUUUCUUUGGACGCAGCACCAUAUUGUAUUAAAUAGUUUUUUUUAAUGAAAUGAUGCAGAUAAUUUGUGAAAACUACACGAAAAUCGAUAUUGUACAUUGCUUGCUCUAUGAUAACGAAAUUUUCUACUAUGAGUCUGCAAAAUUGUGCUUUUCAACCAGAAAUUUUGACAACAAUUUCUGACAUUUUCUUUUUUUAUUCAUUGUUCAUAAUUACUUUGUAAGUUUGCGAAUAUUCGCAAGGCCUAUCAGAACGGUUUCAGCAUAUCCAUCAUUUUAUAUUAAUUGUGUAUAUGUUUCAAGCUAUUGUUAAAGUUGGAAACGCUUCUGUAAAUAUUAUUUCAUGGACUGUCUGAUCGUCUAACAUUUUUCUUGAAAAUAAUGACAGUGUAAACUAAGCAUUUCCUCUUGUAAAUAUUCCUCGUUCCUAAGCCUUAUGUAUCAUACAUUUGUUUAAUGAUAAUGGUUCUUUUAAAAUUAUAAAGUUUUUAGUAAAAGCUAUAACCACGUUAUAAUUACACAAUAUUACAUUUUCAUUUAAUUGAAACAUCACAUUGAUUAAAUUUUAUUAAUUUUGUUUUGUAAUUCAUAAAUAAAAUAUCAAAUAUUAUGCGGCACGGAAACAUGUAUUCAUAUCUUUUAUUAAGUUAUGUAUGUAAUAAACAUUCGUUUGCUGUAGUAAUUAUCAAAUUGCUACAAAAUGACUGCCGUAUAUCUAAGAUUAUAUAUACGCGUUAUUAUUAAUAAGGAAAGAGUUUAGUUAAGUAGAGCGCUACUCAUCAAUAAGAAGUCUGGAGCACUUCGAAGACCUGAAAUUAAUACUUUAAAUACUACAAUGUUCUGUAGAAUUUUCUAACGUGUCAGUUCAUGUUAAGUUACUUGUAUUUACAUAACGAUUCUAAAAUUGAUGGCUAAUGAUAAUGAGAGCAUACUUCACCUAUUUAAAAAGUGAGUAUACAUCUAAUAGCAUAUGAACAUUGUGUGUACUGUUUUGUAAAUUGUAGACAUCGUUUAUUUGCGAUACAAUUGUGAGAGCUCUGACUACUAUAAAUUUUGAAAUAAUACAUUUUCAAAUAGUUACAAAACCACCCAGUGUACUCUGAAAUGUUAUAUAUUAUAAAAUUAUUAGUACUUUUUUAAAUUAAAAUUUAAUUUUACAGUUUCUGUGCCCUGCAUGAUAAGGAUCGUUUAAAGUACUCCUCCAUGAGGAGUUAAGGAUGCCCCAUACUUUCUGAAUGCGCUUGCAGAGUAAAGAAGUAAAAUCACUUUAUAGAUGAAAAGUUCAGUAAGAAGUUUGUCUCGGUUGCAAACUAUUUUGAUGGUUCACGAAGCUCCUUACGUGAGCUUUCCCUGUAUAUUAGAACAUACUCAUAACUUAAUGCAACCACUAUGAAGGUAGUAAACUCGAACAAUUUAUGUCGUAAAUAAAAAUUUUCAGUUCUGCGCAAGCAAGUUCUUUUCUUUCUACGAGAUAUUUGUUCGUUAUCAAGAUAAGUACACUGCGUCUCCAGACUUCGAUCACCAACUUCGGAAUCAUCCUCUACGACUGAGUUCAGGUGUUUGUCGAUCUGUUCAAGCGCACAUGAUUAUUUCCUGGGAGAAUCUGUGAUCUCAUUCCGUUCCAAAGUUUGAUUUCCACGGUUGCUUGCGCGAAUCCUUAGGUAGCAAUGCCAGUAACCGAGGUAGUAUGUACGAAUUAAUGUAUAGAAAUGCGUUGCAACGACGAUUCUGGUAAUAUUUUAAUGUACCUCGACCACCUAAUGUCAUCGUGUGUGAUCUUUCUUCUUCGAAUCGUCGUUCGAAGCAAGGUAGACCAGUACAAGUAGAAUGAAUCGAGUAACAUAGCCCAUCUACACGCGUAUCGUCGAUCAGAGUUUGGAAAAAUUCUCUGUAAGUGAUAAAUGACGAACAAGAUGAAAUGUAUAGCAAUUUCUUAAGUAUUUAAUACAAACAAAUGUCGAACAUCCUUUGAAAUUAAACGGAUGUUUAUCUUUUAUUUAUUGUUUAAGAGUUUCACCUAGUUUUUGCCAAUAUCUGUCGUCAAUGUUGUCGUUGCUUGCGGAACGCAACUCUGAUAAUUGUCCUUCGGCCUCAAGACUUCAUCGAGGCUGUCUCGAAUUACGGGGAACGUUGACUAAAUCGUUAUAGUAUCGAUCACUCAAUCUUUGAUCGAGCUUGGCGAUCCUCUUUAGUCCAGCUUGCGUGCGUUUGCGAUGAUUCCUGAUGUGCAAGAUGUUGAUAAAAAUGUGAGACAUGUUCUCAAAAUUGAUUCUUCAUAUUAAAAAAACAAACGAAAAGUUCUUUAACCUUUCGCAAUCGGAAGCUUGACUAUCGAGAUAUAAGCAGUUAAAGUUUAUUGAUGUACCUAGCGACACGCGCUAUUUGUGCACCUGCGCAUGCGAUCGCACGCAUGGAAACUUUAAUUUCUUACAUCUGGAUAACGAAGCUUCAGAUUAAAAAAUGGGAAAAGGCUUAUUUGCUUAUAUUGUCAUAAAGAAUUGAUCUUGAGGAAGCUGUGCCAUAUUUUUGUUGACACUCUGUAUAUAUCUUGUACAUAAUACACACCAGUGCUUUCCAACAGGUGCGGCUUGGCACAUUGGUGACUACAGUAGGAGCGUGCCACAUAAGUUUGUAAUAAAUUAACGAAAACAACUUCAUUUGUAAAAGAGUUUCCAUCGUUUAGGGACAACGCAGAGAAUGUUCUUGUUAUUUGCUAUUCCAUAUGCAAACAAACCUCUCAAUGAACGAUAACCAAGAAAUAAAGGGGAAACGAUCAUGGUUAGAAAUUUUAGAUACGGAAUUGCGAGUAGCUAUUCAAAUCCAAGUUGCAGUAAAAUUUGUUUAGAAUAUUAAGAAAACCUUCGCUAAUUGGAAGAGUGUGCGGUAUGAAUGUUAGCAUCUUCUAUCCAUGUCGUGAUGUAAUAAUAGGGUUGGGAAGCACUGACAUACACAAUGAAAGUGUGAUACCCAAUAAUCGUGUACGACAUAGACCAUUGCUUUCAGCGCAUAGGAUAAAUUGUAUUGUACAAUAAUAGCAGGUGUAUAAUAACGGUAGACUAAGCCUCAGGGACAUGUAAAUAGGUUAAGCUGUAAGAUAAUGUCGUAUUAGUUUUUGCAUUUGUGAUCACAUCCCCGUUCCCCUUCCUCUGUAAAUACAAUGUGUACUUUAUCGUAUACUUGGGCAAUAAAUGUUAGACAAUCGUAAA